CGCCUUGCUACGUGUGGAUCAAAACAAACUUCAAUCCCUUGAGCUCGGACGGUUCAUGAUAGGGAGGUGGCUCAUGAUCGGGAGGUGCGGAACCCUUCGCCUAGGACAAUUUGUGAUAAAAAAAAAAAAGCCGCUUUACAAAGCAGUGAGAAAGCCGUCCCAAAGGAAGCCUUAGUUCGUUAAGUGAAAGCCAGAGCCGUUAAAUCUUGAACUUAAGCUAGAAAUCAGAAUUUUUUACAACGGGCGUAGUUAAGUUGUAGUUUAUAAUUUCGUUCCUGAAACCUGCGUCUUCAUUGUUUCUUCGGCAGAGCUGUUUUUUCUGCUCUAUUACGGUCCAAAAGCUGAAGCUGCAAUGCAACCAUGUCGCUGGCGCCGUGUCUCUUUUUUAUUCGUCGACAGAGCUCGGUCUCCAUGGCCGCCGCUCUUCAGAGCUUUAUCGAUUCCAGCUCCCCAUCUCAAGGAAAACCCAUCCAUGCCCACAUCAUCAAAUCCGGGCACCACUCCAGUACUAGCAUCUCCAUCAAACUCCUCAUUCUUCAUUUAAAAUGCGGUUCGUUGAACAACGCUCGCAAGGUGUUUGAUGAAAUGACAAAGCCGACUGUCUCUGCUUUUAACUACUUAAUUUCUGGGUAUUUCAGGGCUGGAAUUACUGAAAAGUGCCUGGAACUUGCUAGAAAACUUUCAUUUUCUGGGGAGAAGCCUGAUGGUUUCACCUUAUCCAUGGUUUUGAGGUUGUCUGCAGCUAUGGUUUCAUUUAAUCUUGCAAAACAGACACAUUCCCAGAUCAUUAAAUCAGAACUCUGGUACGAUGACUUCUUGUUUGCAGCUUUGAUUGAUUCGUAUGUGAAGAAUGGUAUGAUUGGAUAUGCUAGAAGCAUCUUCGAUGCUUUGCCAAGGAGGAGUCUUGUUUGUUCUACUGCAUUGAUCGUAGGCUACAUGAACCAGAAUUCUUUUAAAGAUGCUGAAGAGGUCUUCAGAUGCCUAGUCCAGAAAGAUGAUGUUGUCUAUAAUGCAAUGAUUGAAGGUUACAGCAAACUUGUCGAAAAAGCUUCAAGAUCGUUUGAAGUUUAUAAGGAAAUGAGAUUUGAAGGCUAUAAGCCGACGAUUUCCACUGCUGUGAGUGUGAUUGGAGCUUGCUCGCUCUUAUCGGUAAUUGAAUUUGGGCAGCAGUUACAUUGCCAAAUUAUCAAGACUUGCAUCUACUGUCAUGUUAAAGCUGGGAGUGCGCUCAUAGACAUGUAUGGCAAGUGUGGUGGGGUGGAGGAUGCUAGGAAGAUCUUUGAUAGCAUGCAGGAGAAGAAUGUUUUCUCAUGGACUUCAAUGAUCGAUGGCUAUGGAAAGAAUGGAAUAUCAGAAGAGGCUCUUAAGCUUUUUAACAAGAUGAGGACUUGUUCUGAUGUCAAGCCCAAUCAUACUACUUUUCUUAGUGUUCUAUCAGCUUGCGGGCAUGCAGGUUUGGUGUCAGGUGGCAAGGAGAUAUUCGAAAGCAUGGAAAAGGAUCAUGGUCUGCAACCUAGAAUGGAGCAUUAUGCUUGUAUGGUGGAUCUAUUGGGGAGGGCUGAUCGUCUUCUUGAAGCUUAUGAUUUCAUUAAAAGAAUUCCUGAGAAACCAAAUUCUGAUGUUUGGGGUGCUUUGCUUGGGGCAAGCAGGGUUCAUGGCCAUGUUGCCAUGGCAGAUAUUGCUGCAAUGGAGCUCUUCAAGUUAUGCAGAAAUGAGAGGCCAGGAGCUUACCUUGCUUUGUCUAAUACCUUUGCUGCAGCAGGUAGGUGGGAUGGUGUUUUUAGAGUAAGGGAAAUGAUGAAGGAGAGAAGGGUCUCUAAAAAUGCAGGAUAUAGUUGGGUUGACUCGGAAGAAGGUUUGCAUGGCUUCCACUUUGAUGAAAUAAGUGGACGAUCCGCUUUAUAAUGUUGGAGUCUCCUUGACAUAAAAAUUAAAUUUUUGUUACUGGUUACCUUUUAAAAGCCUGAUUGUUUCUUCA